CGAUUUCGCUUUACUUUUUUAAUUACAAUCUUUAUAAGUUUAAUUAUUUUAUUGCUUUUCACUUAAGAGAUAAUCAAUAAACUGAGUGUAUUUUAACUAAAAUUCAGCUAUAAUGGGCACCGUUUUAAGUUUCAAUCCACGUGAUAGGCAUCCAGUAUACUCAUCACAGCCAAAUUUUCCAUAUAACCAAUCUACGGACAUUCCAAAUCAAAAAUCGAACGAAAAUUCUGGAUCAGUGGACUCUCAACUGAAUAAUUUUUCCUAUGAGCAGUUAAAUAACGCUAAAAAUAGAGAAAAUAGAAAAGUUCAUUCACAUCAAAUAUCAAGGAAUGGCUCUGGACAUCAAAAUACUUGUGGGAGCCUACAAUUUAAUAUGCACACACAGAUGAACUCGCACAAUUUUAACAACUUGGCAUAUUCAUCAAAGGAUACAAUUAACAAUGAUUUGGAUGCUCAUAACGAGAAUUCAACUAUUAUAUUAGAAAAAAGUUCUAUUGAAAAAAACUUGAAAAAACAUUCACUCUUUAUAAAUGCUCUAUCUUGGAAAAAACUAUCUACAUCUCACAAUAAAAAAAAAGUAGAAAAUAAGAAUAAGUGUGCGAACUUACCCUCUACAUGCUUUAAGGCUCAGCUUUUGGAAACUUCUUAUUCGUCUUCAUCGGAUAAAAACAAAAACAUUCAGCUACAUUGUAAUCAUAUUGAAGAGCAUCAACAAACCCACUGUAAUCAAAGUCAGAUCAUUCAGGAGCUUCCAUUUUUUCCAUCUACUAAAACGCAAAAACUAACGGCAGCAAAAGAUCAGGGAAGCGUUAAUAAUACAAACUCAAUAACAAAUCAUAAUAAAUUAAUUCAAAAGCAACCUCUAGCUUUGACUCGGCCUCAGCAGUUGCAAAUAUCAUCAAUUCAAAUUAAAAACACCAAUCAGAAUUAUAUUCCACGUAAAACUGUUAUUCAGGCAUCGACUUCAGAGCUGUUAAAAUGUCUAGGUCUUUUUCUACAUUACCGGUGCCAUAGAUUAAACAAUUUUGAUCCUGGGGAUGCUGUUAUGUGGCUAAGAGCGGUAGACCGAAGUUUAUUGCUGCAAGGCUGGCAGGUAAAUAAAUGCUCUCUUUACAACUGUUAA